UCCAAAUACGGAGUGAUAUCAGCUCCAAUUUGAAAUCGGCGCGUUCAGACCACUCUCCGCCGCCGGCGAACUUCCUCCUCCUCUCCGUCUCUUUCUCCAGUUAAUCGAUCGUGUCGGGCUUGGUGAAUGACAGCAUGAACACUGCAACAUCAUUAUUUAGGAGGUUAAAUAUCAGAGAUCUGGUAUCAAGAACACCUACUUAUAGUGCCACUAGUGAUGUAUCUGGGGAUGGAUUGGGCUUGAUGUUUAAGCGUUGGGCUACGAAAAAGACAGCAGGAUCCACAAAGAAUGGCCGUGAUUCAAAACCAAAGAAUCUAGGGGUGAAGAAAUUUGGUGGAGAGAGGGUGAUACCUGGAAAUAUUAUCGUUCGUCAAAGGGGAACCAGAUUCCAUCCUGGAAACUACGUUGGAAUAGGGAAAGAUCACACACUUUAUGCUCUGAAAGAAGGUUGUGUAAAGUUUGAGCGCCACAAACUGAGUGGGCGCAAGUGGGUUCAUGUUGAGCCCAAGGAUGGCCAUGUACUUCACCCAGUUUACUCGAGUACUGCAGCUCCUGAGCUCAACACAGCAACUUAAAGUUUCUCGACCGUUGGGUGAUUCAUGGGGCAUGAGUAUAAUAACGAAAACGAUCUGAGAUCAUUUCAGAAUCCAGCUUAGAUUAUACAUCUUCUCCCCCCUCUAGAUUAAAGCUAAUGAAACAAAGUUAUUUUUGCCUUGUGUUCUCUAUUUCAUAUUUCCAUUGAGUCAUGUGUUCUUUCAGAAUGACGUGCACUUGUUUGGAAUCAAAACAAGUUAUUUUGGCCAUGUGUUCUGCUAAAUGAAAAACAAAAAGAAAGGAAUAAUAAGGGCAUGUUUGGAA